AUGAGGGAAGUGGACACUUCGGAAACAUCCGUCGUAUGGCCUGCAUGGUGUUACUCAGGAGAAACAACAGUUAAUGAAGAUUUACCACAACGACUGGUGGCGGCGGCAGCAGCAGCAGCAGCAACGACGGCUGUUACGCCUUCCUCGAUAGUGCUACUGGCGCAGCAAGAAGACCAUCAACGACAGAACCAGCGACAGCAACGGGAGCACCAGCGAGCGUCAUCAAAUCAAUCUCGGUCGUCAUCAGCUUCAUCAGCGUCAGUGUCAUCGUCACCGGCAUCUUCACCACACUCGCGCACAUCUCCUUUGUCACGGCUGGAAAGACGGCGGGUUAAACGAAAAUCAAUCACACGUACGUCGCUGUUCAACCAGCCACCGGUGACCGGGCUGGCAGGCAGCGCCAUUGCGGCUGCCCUCGAAGCUAGUGCCGUUGCAGUACCUGUUAGCUCUCCCAGUGGACUUUUAGGGCUUUCGGCAAACCGACGGAUUGCUGAGGCGCUGUACGAUGGUCGAUCGAUCGAUGGAGGCAAUGGAGCACUGUUGCUAAGGAAUCAACACGAUCGCAGCUCGGAAGGCGCACAGCACGAAGCAGCCACUGACGAGGAGGAGGAGGAAAACGUGAUAAACCCGAAGAAGAAGAGCGCGAAAAACAAUCGUGUUAGUGUUAUCGAUACUAAACUCCUGCAAAAGUAUCAGCAGCAGCGGCAGACAAAAUUCCACACAUUGGACAAGAUGCUUAGCGAACGAAUUUACGAUCGGAAGAAGUAUCUGAACUCUCCCACCGGUAGCAGUGGUGGAGCCAGCACUGUCGGUAGUUCCACAUCUGCCAAUGCGUUCUACGAAAAGUAUCGCAACGGUGCAUCCGGUGACUCCGGCGAGUCUCAGCUGAACCUGAUUAAAAAUGGGACAGGUGGCGUAGGUUCCAUCGGUAGUCUGAACGGCGUUAGCUCCAGUGCCCAUCUCAGUGCAAUAGCGGCAAGCAUUAUUAGUAGUAGCAACGGUAGCAAUAAUGGAGGCGGCGUUAGCAAUAGCAGCGACGAAAACGGCACACUGUCGUUACACGGCGGCGCUAACAGCAAUAGUAACCAAAUUAGUAGCAACAAAAACGGCAACAACAACAAUAACAAUAGCAAUACAAACAAUAACAACAUCAGCAGUGGAGGGCUCGGGAUCGCGAAUAGUAGCAACAGCAGCAGCAUCAAGAGCGAGCGGUUCAGUCCUCCGAAUAACGAUGCACAAUCGUUGGCGUCCAGGUCGCGAAGUGUGACACCAUCGUCCUUCUCUGGGACGCCACCGCAGACGAUGCACGCGAGCGACGCCGGUUUCCCCAGCAGUAUUUCUACCGGCGGGUUACUUCCGUCCCCGAACUCGUCGUCCGGUGCGGGGAAUUCCGUUGAACGGACCGAAUUUCAGACGCGAAAUUAUUCCGAUUUCAUGCGCAGCCUGGCCGCCAAGUACAACAACAAUAACAACACUAAUGAUCUAUCGAAUAUCAAAAAUUCUUUUCUUGAACCAAAAAUGCGCCUCACUCAGCCAAAACCGUACAUCGAGCGAUCGUUAAACAGUAAGAAAGGCAGCCCUCUUACCUCCACACAAGUACCUAAUCCAAGUAUUAUGACGUCGUUGUUUUCGGGUCUCCCAUUCCAAUCGGCCGUCUUUCCACCACUGAUCGAUAUGAGCAGCACCCAAGCGCUGGUUACGCUGGCUCGAGCUGCAAAAGACUCCGAAGUACACAACAUUCUCAAAGCGGAUACAGGCGGUGGUCUCAAGAAAUCGUCCUCGUUAUCGCGAGGUUCCUCUCCGCCACCGGCUACCGCACUUGGCAGUCAUCAUUUCCCUUCACCCUUUGGCACGGGCUACCUGCCACGGUUACUUCCGAACCAUCACCAUUUGGCCAGUUUUUCCUCCCAGUCACCCGCGCUAGCGACCAGCGGCCCGUUGAAGUCUCCGUCGCGAGCGCCUGAAUCGACGGCCCUUGUCUCCACCUUUCCGCUGGACCUGAGCGCCUCGACACCGUCGGGCAACAAGCGGAUAAAGCUCUCGCCGACACCUAGUCGUCAUCAAGAAACAUCUCCAGCGCCAAGCUCCACCAACAGCCAACCGUCCGCGGACUCGCUCGAUCUCAAACCGAUCCGGAAGUGUCACGCGCGGGUCGAAGAAAUCAGUGCCUGGACGGUGGACAACGUGUGCGACUUUGUUGCCAGUAUCGAUAUCUGCGCCGAGUAUGUACAGAACUUUCGUGAUCAGAGCAUCGACGGUGCAGGAUUGCCGCUGCUGACGGAGGAACACCUGACGAACUCGCUCGGCAUGAAGCUGGGCCCGGCAUUGAAGCUGCGAUCGAUGUUGGCCAAAAAAUUGGGUGGUCCCUGUCCGUGUGCGCUGUGCAGCGUUCCCGCCUCAACACCGCCGGCCCGGACCAACAGCAGCGGCAGCAGUAGCAGCAAAGGCGACACAACUCCCACCAAUCGGCCGCCGAGCAACGAAGGGUCGAUUGGUUGA